AAUCAGUUCUACUACAGUCAAUGACUUUUUUGUUUUUGCUGUUGUUAUUUAAAUCCUUUCUCAACCUCUAUUGGGGGGUUGAUCUACAAGGACAAUGUGAGGUGAAUCAGUUUGAGCACAGUACUAAGGACAUGGUGUGGAUUGAGCUUAGGAAUCAUAAAUGUUUCGAAAAAUAUGGUCUUUUAACUGUUUUGACAUGAUAUUUUUAUUUUAAUUGUAAAGUUUGUUCAAGCAUAAAAGUUUUGUUUUAUUCAAUUUAAUGAAUUGGCCAUGAAGAUAUUGACAUGGAAUAUUAAUGGUAUCCGAGCAACAAGUAGAAAUCACUCAUUGGGAAAUUUACUUGAUUCUUUGGAGGCAGAUAUUAUAUGUCUACAAGAAACAAAAAUUACAAGAAACUUAUUGACUGAUCAUUUGGCAAAUGUUGAAGGAUAUUAUGCUUUCUUUAGUUUUUCAAAACGAAAAACUGGUUAUUCUGGUGUUGCAACAUUUUGCAAGAAGACAUUGUGCCCAAUCGCUGCUGAAGAAGGUCUGACAGGACUGUUCACAAGUAAAAUGGAACAAGUUGUUGGUUUUUAUAAUAACCCUCCAGAGUAUUCUGAUGAAUUACUUCGAUCAUUAGAUUCUGAAGGGCGUUGUAUGAUAACAGAACACGUAACUUCUGAUGGACAACGUUUAUGUAUCAUUAAUGUGUAUUGCCCUAGAGCAGAUGUUGAAGAAAAAGAAAGAUUUCAUUACAAAAUGUGUUUUUACAGACUUUUACAAAUGAGAAUCAUUUCUUUAAUGAGAGAAAAAAGGAACAUUAUUGUUGUUGGUGAUUUAAAUGUUUCUCACAAGAGAAUAGAUUCUUGUGAUCCGUGUGAGGAUUUCGAAGACAGCCCAGCUCGAAAAUGGCUUGAUAGUAUCAUUGACUGUAGUAUCAUUAAAAGUUUAGUUUCUACAACUUCAUCUAUAAAUCAAAAAAGUGAUACAUUAGUUAAUGAUGAAAAUUUAAAAGUCAAAGGUUCCGAAAGUUUUUCUGAGAAAAAUGUCAACAAUUUUCUUGUUGAUACUUUUAGAAUUUUUCAUCCAAACGAACAAAACGCUUACACAUGUUGGAAUACACAAACAAGAGCAAGAGAAACAAAUUUUGGAACACGAAUAGAUUUUAUAUUAGCAGAUCACCAAUUAUGCACAGUUCUAACAAACUGUGUAAUUCUUGCAGACGUGCAAGGUUCUGAUCAUUGCCCUGUGGUAGCAGAUUUUAAUAUAUUGCUUAAAGCAAGUAACUUAAUACCCAAAACAUGUGCAGCAUUUAUGCCAGAAAUAUUUGGAAAACAGAGUGAUAUAAAAAGUUUCUUUAGUUCCAAACGUUUUGAAUCUGAUCGGGAAGGCAUCAAGCGAAAAUUAAAUGACUCAACAGAAUCGCGUUUUUAUAAAAAAAAAAAAAAUGUUGACCAAGACUUUUCUAUAAUAAAAUACUUUAAAGCUUCCGAUACAGAAAAUCAUUCACGAUCAUCUCAUGUAGAAAUAUCUAAUUUUCAAUCAUCGACAGAAGAAAUUUCUUGUUCUCGUUUAUCCAACCUAGAAUUAUCUCAUAAUUCGUCAUCGUCUAAUUUUGCAUAUAUUAUCGAUAAUUCUAAUAUGAAUUAUUAUGCUGUGAAAGAAGCAUCAAGUUUUGAAUCUGCUGUUUUAUAUGAAAGUUCUAUGAAACAAAAAACUGAAAAUACAAAUAAAGAAAUAUGGAAAAAAAUAUUAAAAGGACCGGAAUCAACUCCAUUAUGCCACGGUCACAAAGAAAAAGCUGUUUUAAGAACAGUUAAAAAACAAGGGAAUAAUUUUGGCCGCCAGUUUUAUGCUUGUAGCAAGCCAGUAGGAUCCUCUAGUAAUAAAAAUGCAGGUUGUGGUUUUUUUGUAUGGAAAUCUUAAUGAAUUUUAUAAUAUGCUUUAUUUUUAAGUUGUAUUAUUAGUAAAAAUCUUUUAUGAGGGAUACUUUAUUUUA